GAAGACAGGUUUACGCUGACAUUGUUAUCCACAUGUCUACGUAGUUCACGCUAUUUACAGGGAGGGGGCACUAGCGUAGGCAAACUCCUAGCAUUGACUAUCAAGCCUUGCUAAAUCACCGCUCUCUCCAAGGAAACUAAACAAUACAGACGUGGGUUGACGGCGUGCGACAAGCAUAGACCCUCUCGAUACGACAGCGCGCUUUCCCGUGGAAUGAGUGUUCCAUGCAGCAUCCUAGGUAUGAAUGACGUGGCCUGGCAGGAGACAAGAGGAGGGAUGCUGCAUGCAAAUGGUGCUCCUGAGACCGGAGUUGUUAGAGUACACGGUGGAGGGCCCCUGGCCACCGUUGGAGGAGCUGGACAGGUUCCAGGAGGCCCACAUCUACAGGGCAUGGACAGGGGUCCAAAUCCUAACCCAGGUACUCCGCAACCUCUGCUGAGCGGAAGAUCUCAGGACGAUGCCACAGUUGGAUAUUUCUUUCAAAGGCAGCCUGGAGAGCAGCUUGGAGCUUGCACACCCAGCAAGCAUCGCUGGCCAACUGGGGAUGCGAACCAUGUGGACCAGGUUCGUGCUGUGGAUGAAAUGAAUUACGAUUUUCAAGCCCUUGCUUUGGAAUCAAGGGGCAUGGGAGAGCUAUUGCCAGCAAAAAAGCUGUGGGAUUCUGAUGAGUUAGCAAAAGAUGGACGGAAAGGGAUGCUGCUUGGGGAGGAGUGGAGGGACAAUGCCUGGGGAUCAUCUCAUCAUUCAGUGUCUCAGCCAAUCAUGGUGCAGCGGCGACCAGGCCAGAGUUUCCAUGGGAAUGGUGAUGCCAAUUCUGUGCUCUCACCUCGCUCAGAAGGUGGAGGCCUGGGGGUCAGCAUGGUGGAGUACGUUCUGAGCUCCUCUCCUGGUGACAAGAUGGACAGUCGCUACAGAAAUGGAGGCUAUGGUGGAGGAGACGCUGAUCAAGAUGGGCGAGAGAAGAGUGAUCCCCAAGAGAAAGUGUCGCCCUUUGAAGAGGACAACAGCCCAGAGAUGAAGGUGGGAGAGGAGACAGACCCAUCGAAAUCCAACGGAAGAGGUCUACUAAAUGGCAUGGACAGAGACUGCAAAGACUUUAAUCCAACCCCCCGAAGUCGUCAAGCGUCCCCCACAGAGGCUGUAGAGAGAAUGGUACCUAGUCAGGCAGGUUUGGAAAUUAUGGUACAGCACCAUCCCCAUGCCCUCCAACAGCAGAACCCUGCCCAACCCAAGCCAGCUGAAGAUUUCCAGAACCAGGAGGCUCAGAGUAUGGGAGGCAUGGAGCAGCAAGCUGGUGUGGAGUCCCUCCAGUUUGAUUAUGCUGGGAACCAGAUUCCAAUGGAUUCCUCUGGGACUCCAGUGGGACUGUUUGACUACAACUCUCAGCAGCAGUUGUUUCAGAGAUCAAAUCCUCUGACUGUGCAGCAACUCACAGCAGCUCAACAACAACAGUAUGCACUGGCUGCAGCUCAGCAGCAGCAUCUUGCUGGCCUUGCCCCGGCGUUUGUGCCAAAUCCUUACAUCAUUAAUGCAGCCCCCCCUGGAGCCGAUCCCUACACUGCUGCUGGGUUGGCGGCAGCAGCCACACUUGCAGGUCCCACAGUGGUUCCUCCCCAGUACUAUGGCGUUCCUUGGGGUGUAUACCCAGCCAAUCUAUUUCAGCAACAGGCUGCAUCUACUGCCAAUCACUCUGCUAAUCAGCAAGCAUCCAAUCAGGGGCCAGGGCCUGGUCAACCACAGGUGAUGCGAACCGGAACCAACCAGCGACCUCUUACACCAGGACAAGGUCAGCAGAGUCAACAGGAAUCUUUAGCUGCAGCUGCAGCUGCAAACCCUGCUUUGGCAUAUGCAGGAAUGCCUGGUUAUCAAGUCUUGGCCCCUGCAGCCUACUAUGAUCAGACUGGAGCCCUGGUAAUGGGCCCUGGUGCACGAACAGGCUUAGGUGGGCCGGUUCGCAUUGUCCAGACGCCUCUCAUCAUCAACCCUGCAGCAGCUCAAGCUGCAUCGGCAUCCGGCACUGGUAACAACAUGUCUGGUCCUCCAACUAACGGGCUGUACCGCUCCAUGCCUCAACCUCAACCCCAGCCGCAGCAGCAGCAGCCUCCCCCGCCCAGCAGUGGCUUACCCUCCAGCUCAUUCUAUGGCUCUGGGUCAGUCCCUAACACUUCUCAAAGCAGCUCUCUCUUCUCGCACACCUCUGCCGCCCCACCACCACCAAGCUCCUCUUUGGGAUUCAGCAGCACUGGUGGCUCUCUUGGUGUAGGACUUGGGUCUGCUCUUGGAGGCUUUGGCUCAUCUGUAUCAAGCUCCACCAGUAGCAGUGUAUCUCGCAGGGACUCCCUGUUGGCAAGUUCUGACUUGUAUAAACGUGGUGGCAGCAGUUUAACUCCAAUUGGCCAACCGUUUUACAACAGCUUGGGUUACUCCUCUUCGCCCAGCCCGAUUGGCCUCACUCCAGGUCACUCCCCACUCACUCCCCCACCGUCUCUGCCCUCUUCUCAUGGAUCCUCUUCAAGCCUUCAUCUAGGUGGCUUGACGAAUGGCAGUGGGCGUUACAUUUCUGCAGCACCUGGAGCUGAGGCGAAGUACAGGAGCACCGGUGGAGCAUCCAGUCUGUUUAAUUCCAGCAGCCAGCUGUUUCCUCCAUCUCGGCCCCGUUACAGUCGCUCUGAUGUCAUGCCAUCUGGGCGCAGCCGCUUACUGGAAGACUUCAGGAACAACCGUUUUCCAAACCUCCAGCUCCGGGACCUCCCAGGACACAUGGUGGAGUUCUCUCAAGACCAGCAUGGGUCCAGGUUUAUUCAGCAGAAACUGGAGAGGGCCACUCCUGCUGAGAGGCAGAUGGUGUUUGGAGAGAUUCUGCAGGCAGCAUACCAACUGAUGACUGAUGUAUUUGGAAACUAUGUCAUCCAAAAGUUCUUUGAGUUUGGAAGUGCAGACCAGAAGCUGGCUUUGGCAACACGUAUCCGUGGACACGUCCUCCCUCUGGCUCUGCAGAUGUAUGGUUGCAGGGUCAUACAAAAAGCUCUGGAGUCAAUUUCCUCAGACCAGCAGGUAAUUAGUGAUAUUGUGCGUGAGCUGGAUGGCCAUGUGUUAAAAUGUGUGAAGGACCAGAAUGGAAACCAUGUGGUGCAGAAGUGCAUUGAGUGUGUCCAGCCUCAAGCCCUACAAUUCAUUAUUGACGCCUUCCAAGGACAGGUGUUUGUUCUCUCCACACAUCCAUAUGGCUGCAGAGUGAUUCAAAGGAUCUUGGAGCACUGCACCCAGGAACAGACUCUACCCAUCUUGGAAGAGUUGCACCAGCACUCUGAACAGCUGGGCCAGAAAUAUCAAGGCGUUUCAUUGGAGAUGACACCCAAAACAUAUUAUACAGUGUCCCGCGAUGCGCUGUUCAAGGAUCAAUACGGUAACUACGUCAUUCAGCAUGUUCUGGAGCACGGCAGACCAGAAGACAAGAGCAAGAUAGUGGCAGAGGUUCGUGGAAAGGUUCUUGUCCUGAGCCAACACAAAUUUGCAAGUAAUGUUGUUGAGAAGUGUGUGAUCCACUCAUCACGUGCAGAGAGAGCUCUGCUGAUAGAUGAGGUGUGCUGCCAGAAAGAUGGGCCUCACAGCGCCCUGUACACCAUGAUGAAGGACCAGUACGCCAACUAUGUGGUCCAACGAAUGAUCGACAUGGCAGAACCUGCUCAGCGCAAAAUCAUCAUGCACAAGAUUCGGCCACACAUUGCCACUUUGCGAAAGUACACCUAUGGGAAGCACAUUCUGGCCAAGCUGGAAAAAUACUACAUGAAGAGCGGAUCUGAACUGGGUCCCAUUGGCGGCCCCACAAACGGCCUCAUGUAGUCGCGCCGACAUCCCGGGUUCCCUGAAGAGGAGGAGUCGGAGCCCCAAACCCCGUGUUCUGUGAGAGAUGCUCCUUAGCCAUAGGGGUUAGCCUUUGACACCCUCUAACAUCCCAUGUUUUUUUGGGACAUUACCAAAAAAAUAAACAAAGACAAGUCAACUUCACCUAAGAAUGCUGUGACAACUGACCCCUGCUGCUCUGCUGCCCCUGGUCCCCGGUUUGGCCCCAGGGGACGCACAGUCAGCAGGCUUUUCUCCUGGGUAAAGCACAAGCCCAUUGUUAAUGAUGUAAUUGAUGUAUUUGACGGGUUUUCAUAUUAUCUUGUACAUUUAGUUUUUUUACCUUGUAAAUUCUCUGUAGGAAAUUACACAUUUGCUGAAAUUUACAAUUCUUACAAUUAACACCAGCAAGUGACUUUAUAAGGCUAAACGGAGUGAUCCUUUUAAAAAGCAACCCCACUAGGUUUUGUAACCAGACUUCUAAUGUCGGCUGGCAGUUGAAUUAUAUAUUUGUACAUUAUCCCAUGCACAGUAAUUUUUUUUUCCAAUGCCAAAGCAGCCAAUGGAUUAGUUUAUAUAUAGCGCUAAAUACAAAUGGAUAUAUAGACUCCCUCCGUCCACAGGUGAGUGUUGUGUGUCAUGUGCCACAGUCACACAGAGGCUUUCCAGACCGGUUUGGGAGCUUGGCCUUGGGACUUGGUGCUUUAGUCGAGGGUUGUUUUGCUUGCAUCCUUUUCCAGGCUAGAGGGGAGGCAUUGGUUUAACCCAGCAGCUUGUAGUUGACCUACUGUUUUGGUACAACCUGACAGACCUGAGCUCCCUGUGAGCCUCCAGGCGAUCACUGGGUUUAUGCAAGAUGAAAGCUAUGUUUAAUUUAGAGAAGCAGAGCAUGAGGUUUGGUUGUAGAGGAUCCGUGUCACCCGGCGUAUUCUUAAUAUGAAAUAAUAGUCGUGGGGGGGGGCUUUUUGUGGGUGUAGUUAGGUGGGGGCAGGGGUAUGCGUUAGCAUGCUGUGAAAGGUUUUAAUCUUUGGAAUGACUUUUUGUUUCCUUUAUCAUGUUUUGUGUAACAUCUAAUCUGUCUUGUAGUUUGAGAUGAACACUGCCCUAGAAAAUGGUAUCUUUAUGUACUGAAUAAUCAUCUCUUGCGUAGUAGUUUAGCAGUGUAUAGCAUCUCUAUGUAUUAGUAAAUUGAUGCUUUUUGGGUCGGGGGUUGCAGCAAUGAUGGGGACCCCCACCGCCUGAUGGUCGUACUAGCAUGGAGCUUAUCCCAGGUUUUGUAUGAACUAGUGGGACAAGCUGAAGAAAGGGAUGUUCAAAGAACCUUUUUUUUUUUUUUUUUUUUUUUAAUGGUUCCUUUUUGUGUUUGAUUUUAAAAAUGAAAUUUUGUUUUUUCAUUUGGCGGAGGCCGGUGGGGACAUCAGACGCUAGAACAUUCACCUGUAACGCUUGUAGAGAUCGCUUCUUUGCUUCAUAUGAAUAAUUGUAGAAUACAUGUAGUAUAUGUGCAUUUACUAAGUGUAAGACUGUUAGUUUAAUUGGAUAAAAUGUCUAGUUGUGGUGUUUUGACAGGCCUUGCUCUAAAUUUGUAGUGAUGCUUUUAUUUCGUCUGUACAGUUGUACAUUUGUAAACGUUAAUGCUGUAAAUGGGAUGUCUUUUACACUUUAUGGGGAGAAAAAGGCAAAUGUGCAUUUUGAUGUGUGUGUAUAUUCAUCACUCCUUUCCCCUUGAAUAUAAUGUAUACAGUUUUAUUUGAUCAAGUGUUAUUUUAAAGAAGAAAAACUUUAUGGCUUCACAAUCUGGCAUGGUUUUUGUUUUUAAUCUGUUAUGGGAAAGGCCAGCCUCUAUUUGUACUGGAGCUGUACCAUCCACUGUUGAUAGUCUUUCUGAUGUGUGACAGUUUAAAAAGGAGAAAACACUCUGUACUAAAACUGAGGCUGCAUUUAGUCCUCUGCUACCAUGGAAACUUCACAGGAUAUGACCAGAAUUAUUUUUGUACAGAAGAGUGCUGUAUUUUUGAACAGCUCCUACCUUGUAAGCAAAACCAGUGUAAAAUAUUGUCAAUUAUAUAAAUAUGAACAUAUGAGUUUUGUCACACUGUCAAAGUCAUGUACAUUUUCAGGUGGCCUUAUGUACAUUUCCAGAUGUUAGAUGAAGAAAACAAACUCUUUUGGAAGCAGAAUUGUGACUAUGUAUGAUUAAACUGUUCUUCUAACAUUUGA